UUGUCCGUGUUCUUUUCUUCUUCUUUUUCCUCCUUCUUAUUCCUAUCCUUAUUCCUUAUUCCUAUUCUUAUUCCUAUUCUCAUUUAUAUACUUCUUCUUCUUCUUCGUCUUCUGCUUCGGAGGACAGAGACGAAAACCGACCGAUCCUUACCCGACACAAAACACAUCGGUCGGAAUUACAAGACACUUUCAUUCCUCACAUCAGCAAUUUCUAAAGGUCAAAGAAGGGGUCAAUCAGGUUCUAAUGAGUGUUGUUUUAGGUUCAUGGUACAGAAGGGUCAAACUACCACCAGGGAAAUGUCCAAAAACUCCUACGAAAUCCUUGUCAAAUGUGUUCUUGGGCUGCGAAAUAUCUUGCAAUACGACCCAAUAACACUCCCUCAGUUACGUCGUGCGAGAACCAGUGGACGGCAACUUCGGCCUUCAGACACCCGGCGGCAACUGGACAGGCACGGUGGGCACGCUGCAACACGAGGAGGCCGACUUCUCCAUGGACCUCACGCUGACGCCGCAGAGAGCCGCCGUGGUGGAGUUCUGCCGGCCGUACAUAGGGGAGGAGAUGGCCAUCCUGUCACUGAAGCCCAAGUCUCUGCCGGAGUACAUGGCGUUGGUGAGGCCGUAUGAAGCCUCGGUUUGGGCCGGGGUCGUGAGCGCCGUCAUGGUGUGGAGCGUCACCCUCUGGCUCCUGCUCAGGGCGGGGGAGAGCCUGUCCAGGAUACCCUCAAUGUCCCUCUACUCGUCCCUCUUCUACGGCUGGGGGCUGCUGCUGGAGGACCAACCCUACGAGCCGCCCGCCAGCAGCACAGGACAGGCGAGUGCUUAA